AUGACCAACAUCCCCUCCGAACCCGAGUUCGAGCAAGCAUACGAGGAGCUUGUCUCAACUCUCGAGAACUCGUCGCUCUUUGAGAAGAACCCAGAAUACAAAACAGCCCUGAACGUCUGCUCCAUCCCCGAACGAGUCAUCCAAUUUCGAGUGGUGUGGGAAGACGACAAGGGCCAGCUCCAAGUGAACCGGGGCUACCGUGUACAAUUCAAUUCCGCGCUUGGUCCUUACAAGGGCGGCCUCCGAUUUCAUCCUACUGUGAACCUUUCUGUCCUGAAGUUUCUGGGUUUCGAGCAGAUCUUCAAGAACGCACUCACUGGACUGAACAUGGGAGGUGGAAAAGGUGGCGCAGAUUUUGACCCCAAGGGUAAAUCAGACAACGAGAUCCGUAGAUUCUGUUGUGCUUUCAUGAGCGAGCUCGGAAAGCACAUUGGCGCGGACGUCGAUGUUCCGGCGGGCGACAUCGGUGUAUCUGGACGAGAGAUUGGCUGGCUAUUUGGACAAUACAAGAAACAAAACAGGACGUGGCAAGGCAGCUGGGGUGGCUCCCUCAUCCGACCUGAAGCGACAGGUUACGGUGUCGUCUAUUACGUCGAGCACAUGAUCAAAUAUGCCUCUGGCGGCACCGAAUCAUUCACAGGGAAAAGGGUCGCCAUCUCUGGCUCUGGAAAUGUGGCCCAAUAUGCAGCCCUGAAAGUGAUUGAGCUAGGGGGGACUGUCGUGUCUUUGAGUGAUAGCAAGGGUGCCAUCGUCGCCACUACUCCACAGGGUAUUGACCCAGAGAUGAUCGAAACCAUUGCAAAACUCAAGGUGGACCGAAAACAGCUCUCCGAGGUCGCCCACACCUCUGCAUUUAGCAGUAAGGUCAAAUACAUUGACGGUGUGCGACCGUGGCUGCAUGUGGGUCAGGUCGACGUGGCUCUGCCCUCGGCGACGCAAAACGAAGUAUCCGGCGAGGAAGCCGAAGGUCUCGUCGCCGCUGGUUGCAAGUUUGUGGCCGAAGGAAGCAACAUGGGCUGCACAAAAGCUGCAAUCGACGUCUUCGAGGCAGCCAGAAAUUUCAAGAAGGAGAAAUGGGUCUGGUAUGCUCCAGGAAAGGCUGCUAAUGCAGGUGGUGUGGCGGUUUCAGGUCUCGAAAUGGCUCAAAACUCGGCACGAAUCAAAUGGACUGCGGAAGAGGUGGACGAGAAACUGAAGCUCAUCAUGAAGAACUGUUUCGAAAACGGGCUACAGACCGCGAAGACAUAUGUCACACCAAAAGAGGACGAAUUUCCCAGCUUGGUGGCGGGCAGCAACAUUGCCGGAUUCACCAAGGUCGCGGCAGCGAUGAAAGAUCAAGGCGACUGGUGGUAG